AUGCUGGAAGAACACAAUCUUCGCUAUCGGACUGGGAAUGAAUGCCAAUCCGAAUCCGCUGCCUCCAUGCAGAUCAAAACUGAGGGAGUAGCAGCCGGCAGAGAGAAUCAACUUCGGACCGAGCGCCGCUUCGGAGAGUCAAUCAAAAAUAGUCAAGAAUCACUGACAGUCGAUCAUCCAUCGGGCAGCCAGCCCAGCCGCGCAUAUUCCAUCACGCAGGCGAGAAAGAACAAGGAUCUGCGGCGCUCAAUCACGCCGAAAAGUCUCACUGCACACUUGGACGUUCUCAAGCGUGAGUUGCAAUCCUCCAGAACGUGCUUGUCUCGUCCCUUUACGGACCAAAAGAACGGUGUCACAAAAAGCGCGUCUCUUUUGAAGGCCCUGUCAGCGAAAUGA